AAACUCAUUUUCACAAAUCCAUUAUCAACUUUUGCACGCAUGCAAAAAAAAACCCAUUUUCAGUAAACUCAUUUUCAAAUUUUUUUUCAACUCUGCAGUUUGAUUUCACGAAACUCAUAGCGAGAUUAAAGUUUGAUUUUACGAAACCCAUUUUCACGAAGUUUGCAGAAGAUUGCAAAACCCGUCACCGUUUCCUUCACUCUCAUUUCGAAAUUCGAACACUGAAACUCUUAUUUUAGGGUUCUUGUUGAGGGUAAGUCAUGGUGGCAAUUUUGUUCACUCCAAUUGGGGAAGUUGAGGGACAAAUUGAGUCGUGUUACGAUGAGAAAUUACCGGGAUCGGGAGAAAAAGAGAAACACAACGCUUCUGGAUUGAGUGGGUCUUUUCCUUUGCUUCUCUAAUAGUCAUAAGAUGUAGUGGUGACUUAUUUUUUCGAAUGAUGAGCUUUGUCCUCUUAACAUUUGUGGUCCAUCUUAAGGAGGAUAGUCGAAAAGUUACUAUAGUAGAAAAGGAUAACAAUUUUGACGUGUGUAGGGAUAUGGGUGGGCGGAGAUUGAGACAUGCUAAUGCUGACAAGAGGUUGGAGGAAUGGAGAGAUGGUGAUGGUGAGGAGGAUAGGAAGCUUGAGAAGGUUGAUGAGGAUUUUCUGAAGAAACAUAUUAAGAAAUUGAAGAUAUGGUAUCUGAUUCAGAUAGCAUGUCGCAGCAUCAUAACAUAGCAUCUUCAACUAAAUCAAUUCAUAGUUCUACGGUUCUGAAACAGAAUCAGCGGCAUGAAGGCAGUGGAAGGAUUAUCAAAAGCAUACUCACCAACAGAGAUCUGCGACAAAGUCAGUCUUCCAGAGCCUAUUCCGAGCGGCAGAUCCAAACUUCAAAUCUAGAAAAAGAAAAACAACCUGCUCGCCCCGUACAUGUGCAAUUGAUUUUGAAGGGCACUGAUGGUGCACCAGAGAAUAGGAUUAUCGUGCAUGGUCUACAUGUUUCUAGUGAGAGACACGAGAGGCGUUUUAGACAUAGAGAUAAACCUGAUCGCGGUGUUUGGACAAGUCGUUCCAAUGUAGGUGAUGAAUCUUUGUCACCCUCAGCUUCUUCACAUGUAGAUCCUUUGGAAGGAGGUCAUCCAGAGUUUAAACAUGACACACCAAGUGCAAGAAGUGGGGAGGUAAAAUCUCUUGGAAAUUUCUAUGCCAGUCACUCAUCAGAAAAUGGUUUCACUAGGUCUUUUGGUCGCCGUGGACCAAUACAUGGGAUGAAGGAUGUUGAUGGCUAUUCGAUUAGUGAGGGGAAGCAUCCUAGAAAAUCUAGUACCUCUGCUUUUGGUUCCAACGAGAGGAAUACCUGCACAAUAUUUCUUCACGCACGCACGCAUACUCCAAACCUAGCUGCUACCCCACUCCCUCGUACAUCACUUUCUGUUCCGUUGUACGUUUUCUAUAACACGUUUCCUCGCGGAGUUGAUGAUCCAGAGGACGUGAUUGGAGCUCUUUCGUUGAUCAUUUACUCGCUUAAUCUUGUACCGUUGCUCAAAUAUGUUUUUAUUGUGUUAGGAGCAAAUGACAAUGGUCAAGGUGGAACACUGGCGCUUUAUUCCUUGCUCUGCCGACACGCUAAUAUUAAAAUCAUUCCCAACCAGCAUCGCACGGAUGAAGAAUUGACAACAUAUAGUCGGACUACGAUCCAUGAAAGGUCGUUUGCUGCAAAAACUCAGAGAUGGUUAGAGGGACAUUUUAUUAAAAGAGCCAUUCUUAUUCUUGUCCUUGUUGGUACCUGCAUGGUGAUCGGAGAUGGUAUUCUUACUCCGGCUAUAUCUGUUUUAUCCGCUGCUGGUGGCAUCAGAGUAAACAAACCCGAAAUCCAUAGUGGAGUAGUUGUGGUUGUUGCUGUUAUAAUAUUAGUUGGGCUAUUCAGCGUGCAACUUUAUGGUACCGAUAAAGUCGGUUGGCUCUUCGCUCCAAUUGUUCUGGUUUGGUUUCUCCUAAUAGGAGGCAUAGGUAUAUACAACAUUUGGAGAUUCGGUGGCAGAGUCCUAAAAGCCUUUUCGCCUCUCUAUGUGUAUCGGUAUAUAAGAAACGGAAGAAAAGAGAGUUGGCUUUCCCUUGGCGGCAUCUUGCUCAGCAUAACUGGGACAGAAGCUCUCUUUGCCGACUUAGCCAAUUUUCCAGUCUCGUCGGUACAAAUUGCAUUUACUCUUCUUGUGUUUCCUUGCCUUCUUUUAGCGUAUUCUGGACAGGCGGCUUAUCUGGUGCAUAACUUGCAUCAUUCACAAGAUGUUUUUUAUCGCUCUAUUCCAGAAAAAAUAUACUGGCCAGUAUUUGUUAUUGCAACACUAGCAGCAAUAGUUGCGAGCCAAGCCACAAUAACAGCAACCUUUUCAAUCAUUAAGCAAGCCCUUGCUCAUGGCUGUUUCCCACGAGUCAAAGUCGUACAUACAUCGAAAAAGUUCCUUGGCCAGAUAUAUAUCCCGGAUAUCAAUUGGAUCCUUAUGGUUCUUUGCAUUGCUGUUACCGCUGGCUUUAAAAAUCAAAGUCAGAUUGGUAACGCAUAUGGUAAGUCUUUUCUUCGCCAAAUGUUGUGAGCCAUUAUUUUCAUUCAAUCAUUCUAUUUUUUGUGAAAUUUCCGUUUGUGAUUCAUAUAUUUACCAAUUUGGACUGAAAAUGCAUGAUAAGCAUAUCAAGAAAGCAAAAAAUGUUGGUUCUUAUAAUUUAGGCCUGACGAAGAUGAUCUGGUAAGGAAUCAAUUCAACCUUAAUGUUUAGUGCUGAAAUUGUUCUGUAGCAUCCACAACUCUGAAAACUAAUA